AUGGUUGCCAUCGACGACUUUGAGAGCAUUCUCGAGAAAGAUGCUGCGGCAAUAGAGCAGAGUCAACAGGACGAUGAUGACAUUCCACCUGCAGUUGCUGCUAAACGUCGUAUUCGAUAUUUUGAUGACGAGGAGGAAAAUCCUAAGGGUGGCGGCCCUUCCUCUGGGGAGAUGGGACAUCCAUUAAGAAGAACCAACUCAACUUACUCCGUUCACUCCUUAUCCAGUGUCCGCAGCGGGCGACGUGCCAUUGACCCAGCUAUUGUUCUUCCUGUCCAGUAUCGCACACUGAGUUACACCAUAUCAUUCCAACGCGAGCAAGAUGCUGUGAAGGCUAAAGAUGCUCGAGAGAAGACCGCCGUCGGCAAGUCUAGCAAUACUAAAUCAAACGUCGGCAGUCUUGACUGGCAUACGAUAUCACAGGAAGAAAUCUGCCAGCGGCUACAGACUUCCACCUCUACAGGUCUCUCCGUCGCCGGAGUAAAAGAGAAGGCUGCCAAAUAUGGUCGCAAUGUUCCUUCACCACCUCCUUCACAACUUGCCUCUAAGCUUUUUGGUUACUUCUUUGGCGGCUUCGGAUCCAUUCUACUUAUUGGUGCUAUCCUCGUUUUCAUCUCCUGGAAGCCACUAGGUCAGCCUCCAGCUCCUGCUAAUCUUGCCCUGGCCAUUGUGCUAGUCGCCGUCUUCCUUCUUCAGGCUGCCUUCAACGCCUGGCAGGACUUUUCUUCAUCAAGAGUCAUGAACAGUAUCACUGGAAUGCUCCCGGAAGCAUGUCAAGUUCUACGUGAUGGAACAAAACAAGUUAUCCAAGCUCCGGACGUUGUGCCUGGAGAUAUUCUGUUCUUUAAGGCUGGCGACAAACUUCCGGCAGAUAUUCGAUUCAUCGACGUUUCUUCUGAUGCUAAAUUCGAUCGAAGUAUCCUCACAGGGGAAUCAUUGCCCCUCCCUGCCUCGACUACGUCCACAGAUGCCAAUUAUCUUGAGACAAGAUCGAUUGGAAUGCAAGGAACUCAUUGCACGACCGGUAGCGGCAUUGGUAUCGUUGUCUCCACUGGAGACAGCACAGUUUUUGGCCAUAUCGCCAAGUUGACCAAUCAACCUUCGACUGGUCAAACGACACUCCAGAGGGAGAUCAUGCGAUUUGUUAUCAUUAUUGUUUCGCUUAUGGUACUUAUGAACAUUAUCGUGAUAGCUGUUUGGGCAGGCUAUAUUCGCAAAGAACACCCUGGGUAUAUGCCGGUUGCCUCUUUGAUUGUCAAUAUCGUCAGCGUUGCAAUUGCUUUCGUCCCUGAAGGCCUACCCAUCGCUCUGACUGCUUCAUUGACCAUUACCGCCAACAUUAUGAAGAAGAAUUUCAUUCUCUGCAAAUCUCUCAAGACGGUCGAGACUCUUGGCUCAGUCUCUGUGCUGCUGUCCGACAAGACAGGAACGUUGACCAAGAAUCAAAUGGUGGUGACUGAUGUUCUCCUCGGAUAUACAACCAUGACAGCAUCUCAUGCCGCUGAGGAAAUAGGGGCGGAGAAGGAUGAGUCGACAUCACGGAAGGAUGCGCUUCAACAGCUCCAGGUUGUGUCAGCCGUAUGCAAUGCAGGCGAAUUCGAUCCCACAACUAUGCACCUUCCGCUAGCCGACCGAAAAAUUAUUGCCGAUGCUACAGAUCAAGCUAUCCUACGACUCUCCGAGAGCCUUGGACCAGUGAAUCAAUCUCGCAACAUGUGGCGCAAACGGUUUGACCUGGCUUUCAAUUCCAAGAACAAGUUUGCACUAAGAAUAUCAUCACCAGAUGAACAGUCUGCAGUUCAGACCACUCUGAGUGCCGCUGAAGCUAAAGAUUUUCGUAUUGAAGACGACAUGCUUCUGAUGAUCAAAGGUGCACCAGAUAUCUUGCUGCCUCGUUGCGCGAAGUAUGUCGGCGAAGAUGGCGAGACUCACGAGCUCGAAGAUGGAAUACGCUCUUCUAUUGAAGGUAUAAAAGACUCAUGGUCGAACGAGGGUAAACGAGUACUACUGCUCGCUCGCAAACCUUUAUCUGCAUCGGCCUUGAAAUCAGAUCCCGGCGACAACUCCUUUGAAGGUGAAGCAAUAUCGCAGGCUCAGGGAGGGCUUACCUUGAUCUCCUUGGUCGCCAUUGUCGAUCCUCCAAGAGACGAGGUUCCGAGUGUGAUACAAACUCUACGUCGCGCAGGAAUUCGUACAAUGAUGGUGACGGGAGACUUCAAGUUGACUGCCCAAGCCAUUGCUCGCAUGUGUGGCAUCAUCACCGUUGACAGCUCUGAAGUGCAUUCAAUCAACAAUCUUCCCCGCUACAGCGAUGGAGCUGUCAUAAAGCCACGAAAGGCGAGAUCUAACGCUCUCCCCUCUACUACCAAAGCCAUUGUCCUGACCGGUCCAGAGCUUCUCACACUAUCAGAGCAUCAAUGGUCAACUCUAGCAACUGAGUACUCGGAGAUUGUCUUCAGCAGGACUACACCGGACCAGAAAUUACGUAUCGUCAAAGAAUUUCAGGCUAAGUCGUUUGUGGUGGCCAUGACUGGAGAUGGAGUUAAUGACGCUCCCAGUUUGAAGCAAGCUGACAUUGGCAUUGCUCCUGUUUCUGGUUCAGAUAUCGCCAUCGAAGCCUCUGACAUGGUAUUACUCGAGUCCUUCUCAGCCAUCCCAGAAGCCGUUCUUUAUGGUCGUGUGGUAUUCGAUAAUCUCAAGAAGACGAUCGCAUAUCUCCUCCCUGCCGGCUCCUUCGCCGAAUUCUGGCCUGUGAUGACUAGUGUGGUCUUUGGUCUACCACAAGUCCUUUCCAGUUUCCUCAUGAUCAUCAUCUGCUGUUUCACCGAUUGCAUCGCCGCAACGGUCCUGGCAUACGAAAAGCCCGAGGCAAAUGUGAUGCUUCGACCCCCGCGUGACGUCAACAAGGAUCGCCUCGUCGACUGGCGCUUACUCCUUCAGUCCUACGGACUCAUCGGCAUCCUCGAGACCGUCAGCUCAUUUGCAAUGAGCUACUGGUAUUUGACCCGCCAAGGUCUCUCAUUCGGUAGCCUGUGGUUUUCAUUUGGCAAUAUCCCCACCCCUGAAGGCCAGACCACUGACGAUGUCACCCACCACCUCACUGUCGCCAGCAGUAUCUACUUCAUCACGCUGGUUGUGAUGCAGUGGUUCAACAUCAUGGCACUGAGAACGCGUCACCUGAGUAUCUUCUCCCAUCCACCACUCCUCAACAGACUCACACAGAAUUGGCUCUUGUUCCCGGCUAUAUUGUUCGCGCUGACCAUCGCGCUAAUCUUCACUCUUGUACCCGGAAUGCAAGAUCUGGGCUGUGAGCAUGUUCCCGUCGAGCAUUGGUUCCUUCCCAUGGCUUUUGGACUGGGCCUGCUCUCAAUUGAUGAGCUUAGAAAAAUGUGCGUGAGGAAAUACCCACGUGGGAUCUUGGCUCGGAUUGCCUGGUAG